AUGCCCAAGGUUCAGCCUGUCCGUCGUAACCGUGCGCAAAACUCGACCGCUGAGCGCCGUGCUCGUGCUGACCGUGUGAAGGAGCAGAAUUUGGAAAUGCCUUUUCGCUGUAGACGUUGUGAGGAGAAGAAUCUUCGUUGUUUCGUGGAUACUGCGUCUGGCCGUUGUGCUGGUUGCAUUUCGGUGUCUGCGGCCUGCAGUCUGUUUGUUUCCGAGGAAGAGUGGGAGAAAGUUCAGCGGGAAAAGCGUGAGAAACGCCUUGAGUUGGCUCGUAUCGAAGAGGAGGCUGCUCGCGUUCGCCGAGAGCUCCUAGAGGUCGAGGCGCGAGAGCACUCAUACGCUGAUCGAGAUCUUGCCAUCCUGAAUUUCCAGGAUCGUGCGAAAGAGCAGGCCGAGGGGGACUCUGCCCCGGGUACGGACCUUCUGGCAACCGAACCACUGCUACCCGGAUCGUCGACUGACUUGGGCUGGUUACAGGCUGACGCUUCUUUCGACCCUUUUUCUGAUUACUUCCUUUCCCUCGAGGACCCGGUCCUCGCUUCCCUGGGUGUCUCCGGUGGUACUCAAGUACCUGUGACUUGCAGUUCGUCAAAUUUUCUUUUGGUUCCCAAGUGUUCUGGCUUUCCGGCCAUCCUUGCCACUUGA